UGAGCCUCAUUGUGCAUCCUCCAGAAACGUUCAAGUACCCUCUAAUAGUAUAGUUUCAGCUCCCCUUGACCCCUCGUUAAGGGAGCUCUCAUGAGAUACAUUGCGUUAACUAGGACCCCGCGGAAUCCACGACACUCCAGCCAAGCUGUCGGCUCUCGUGACAGGACGCCGCGCGCCUCAGAUCUCCCAUCACAACCAAAAUGGCGACGAGGGGAGUGGGCUCUCUGUCUUGAGGAACUGGACUUCAUACACCGAGUGCUGCUGGUCUCUCUUCUCAGCCCAAUAUUGCACACGCUGUGAAAGAACACAACCCCGGCUCUCAGUAUUGUAAGUGGGCGGCGCUUGUCCUUCGUUAUGAAAAGGCUCCCCGGCGUUAUCACGUUGUGUUUUUAUCCGCUAUGUUGACGGAACGUGUCGCGCUGUCACUGGGCUGCUGGGAACCGUUGUGUUCUGAGCUGACAGUAUAAAUAUUGACGAUCCUCGUGUUGCCUCGGUGGCAGUGAACAACACGGGUGUCGUUUUUCUGAAACGGAAAUCUUCGUUGGAGACCUAUUUUACCAGCGUGUACAACUACGACUACUAGGACGAUUGGACAAUCUGGAGAUAUAACCUGCUGUGAUGGAAGAUGAUGGAAGACAAAGGCUUUCGUGUUGCCGAUUACUUUGUGGUGGCGGGUUUGACCGAUUCAUCCAAACCACUCGAAGAGGAAAUCCACUUCAAUGACAUCUGCCACAAGAUCGCCAAACCCAAAGCCCCGAUCACAGACGUGGCCAUCAUCAUUAAAUCGCUAGGAGAGGAGGUGCCACAAGGCUACACAUGUGUGGACACGACUCCAACAGGACUGUCUGCAGAUCUCAACAAUGGCAGCCUCAUGGGACCCCAGAUCUUCCUGUGCUACAAGAGAGGCAGGGAUAAACCACCUCUCACUGAUCUUGGGGUUUUGUACGAGUGGAAGGAAAGACUCAAGCAGGGCUGUCAUAUUAUUCAAACCACUCCUUCCGGACGCCCUGCUAAUAUCAGCAGCCCCUCAUCACAGAGGAUAUAUAUUACUUACCGGCGCGCCCCAGACAGCAUGUCUCAGACUUCCCUGGCCGUGACAGACAUAUGUAUAAUCAUUCCAAGUAAAGGAGAGACCCCGCCACACACCUUCUGCAAGGUGGACAAAAACCUCAAUAGUAGCAUGUGGGGCUCGUCUGUAUAUCUUUGUUACAAGAAGUCGGUGGCAAAGACCAAUACCAUAGCAUAUAAAGCUGGUUUAAUUUGCAGGUAUCCAGAAGAAGACUAUGAAUCAUUCCCUUUACCUGAAUCUGUGCCUCUCUUCUGCCUGCCCAUGGGUGCAACAAUCGAAUGCUGGCCUUCCGAAACCAAAUACCCACUCCCCGUUUUCUCUACAUUUGUAUUGACUGGGUCUUCUGGAGAAAAGGUGUACGGUGCUGCAAUCCAUUUCUAUGAGCCCCACGCGCAGGAGAACCUCACUGACAAACAGCGCUCCCAACUGGGACUGAUCAGCGCCACCAAUCGCAAACCCAUUGUCUCCAAAACCAUCCACACCAACAAGUGCAUAUGUCUGCUCUCCCACUGGCCUUUCUUUGAUGCCUUUAGGAAGUUUCUGACAUUCCUGUACCGAUACUCGAUCUCCGGCCCUCAUGUACUACCCAUUGAGAGACAUGUAUCCCAUUUCAUGCACAAAGUUCCUUUUCCGUCGCCUCAAAGGCCGAGAAUCUUGGUGCAGCUGUCGCCACAUGAUAACUUGAUACUGAGCCAGCCUGUAUCAUCACCAUUGCCGCUUAGUGGUGGCAGGUUCACUACCCUGCUGCAGAAUCUCGGCCCUGAGAAUGCGAUCACGCUGCUGGUGUUUGCAGUCACAGAACACAAGAUCCUGAUCCACUCGCUCAGGCCAGCCGUGGUCACAAGCGUGACCGAGGCAUUGGUCUCUAUGAUUUUCCCUUUCCACUGGCCCUGCCCGUAUAUUCCUCUUUGUCCUUUGGCAUUAGCAGAUGUGCUGAGUGCCCCUUGCCCGUUCAUAGUCGGGGUCGAUUCGAGAUACUUUGAUCUGUAUGAUCCGCCUCCAGAUGUCAGCUGUGUUGAUCUGGACACUAACACGAUAUCACAUACUGAAGAUAAGAGGGCUUUGACCUGGAAGAUUCUGCCAAAGAAGGCUUGCAAAAAUCUGAUGAAUUUAUUGAAUAACAUUUACCAGGAACUAGCAGAAUCACAACAGAGACCAAGAGAAGAUGGGUUGAUGGAGUUAAGCAUGAAUGACUAUGAUUUUAACUCUGGGAAGAGUCUGCAAACCCUGGAAAUGGAGAUACAGGAGGCAUUCUUGCGCUUCAUGGCCUCGAUAUUGAAGGGAUACCGGUCAUACCUUCGUCCCAUUACACAGGCCCCCUCUGAGAAAGCAACUGAUGCUAGCUCUCUGUUCGACUUGCAAGGCUUCCUGAAGAGUCGGGAUCGCUCUCACCAGAAGUUUUACUCGCUGAUGACGAAGACGCAGAUGUUUAUUCGGUUUAUUGAAGAGUGUUCCUUCGUCAGCGACAAGGAUGCAAGUCUGGCAUUUUUCGAUGAUUGUGUAGAUAAACUGUUCAGCACAGAGCACAGUACUGAUAAAGGACUAAAGGUGGACCUGGACAAGCUGGAGGAGAUGCGUCUGAUUGAGCUGGACGAGUCCCAGCGCAGUGAGCACACCGUGUUCAUCACCCCCCCAGAGCUGCCAGCUUUGCCUGAUGGAGAGGAGCACCCUCUGCAGUACAGCUACAGUGGCUUUCCUGUGCUGAUCCUGGAGCUGUUUGAUCGUCCGGAUGGUUUGCUGAAGACCCCGGCUACCAGACUGAACUCGAAGCAGAGCUCUCCCACUAGCCCCACACCCAUGUUCAGGAGGACUAAACAGGAAAUCAAGUCAGCCCACAAAAUUGCAAAAAAGUACUCGUCCAUACCACAGAUGUGGUCCAAGUGUCUCUUGCGACACUGCUACGGCUUGUGGUUCAUCUGUCUGCCUGCGUACGUCAAAGUGUGUCACUCAAAGAUCAGGGCUCUGAGAACGGCAUACGAUGUGCUGAGAAAAAUGCAAGUCAAGAAACUUGAGCCUCCUGACGAGGUGUGUUACCGAGUUCUGAUGCAGUUGUGUGGACAGUAUGGUCAGCCAGUUUUAGCAGUUCGGGUUCUUUUUGAAAUGAAGAAGGCUGGUGUUCACCCCAAUGCUAUUACAUACGGUUAUUAUAACAAGGCUGUUUUAGAAAGCACUUGGCCUUCCAGUACUAGGGGUGGUUACUUUCUCUGGAUGAAAUUGAGAAAUGUCCUUCUAGGAGUUGUGCAGUUCAGAAGAGCCUUGAAAAAACCCCAGUCACACCCCCCGCAGACCCCUCUCUCAGAUGGCAGUGACCUGGAUGCUGUUAGUCAUGGCAGCUUGGAUAGCUCUAACGACACUAACACAGCGGAACAGGCUCCGUUCAGCACUGAUUUAAUCAAAGUAGAUUCUACUGAUGAUAGAUCUAGCACAGGUGGUCAGUCUGACCUUGGGUACAACUCUCUGUCGAAAGAGGAGGUGAGGCGGGGUGACGCUGCUACACAGGAUGGUCCAGUGGAGACGGAGGACAAGAAGGAGAGCGACUCCAGCUCACUUUCAGAAAGCGAGAGUGUAAAGGGGAGUGGUGACUCUGUUCCUCAGUUUGAUUGUCAAGAAGCAGCCUGUGGAUUUAAACCUCCCGGGGGAAUCGUCCGUGUCAGCUGCCCUUUUGAGGCAGUCAACGAGUCAGGCGACACGAGCAAUGAUCAUGUUGCAGGACUUAUGUUCACCACCUGUUUAGAGGAGAUUGGCUAUGUUCAAAACAACAGCCUUCGGAAGAGACACAAGAGUGCCGUGGAAGGGAGUUUGAAGGAACCAAUGAGCUGGGGAGACCGGAACCGCAACCUCAGUGGAGACACAAUCCUGGGGCUGCAGAUGAACAAAAGGGGGGUUGUGGAGACUGACACCAGGAAGAUGGCUGAGAAACUGGGAGCUGACAUCAAGAUCCUUUCAAACGCUGUCCAGACCGUGAGACCGAACACUCUGGACAUUGGAAACGGCACCCACAGGUCAAAAGCUGUAAACCGAGACAGUCCGGAGAAGGACUCCAGCGACGAAGACGCGGCUUUCGAAGCUGAUAAAAUAGACUCGCCCUCUAUCUUCAACCUAGAGGACCUUGACGACGAGCCGGCCAGCGCUGGGAAGUCUGUGAAAGUGGCGGCUCGGAAGCCACGCAGGGUGGAGAGGUCCAGCAGCAGCAGCAGCUUUGCAGCCAGGCCGGUCGAGAUGGGCUUCGACCCUCUCUCCCUGUUCGCAGCCCAGACGGAGCAGCAGACUGAGGAAGAAGAGGAAGUGAGGAGCCUCUCCACCCCCUCCGCACGGAGAGAACUGGCCGAGGAGAUCGAAAUGUACAUGAACAACAUGAGCAGCCCCCUGGUCAGCCGUGCCCCCAGCGUGGACCUGCAGAGGACGAGGGACGACGACCCCACCUGUAUCCAGAGCCCCUCCGUGGAGGAAAAGAACUCCAGGAGGUCCAGCCUUCCCCCAAGCUCCCCCAGAGCUGUGGGGCUUCCCCGCUCCAGGACCUAUCACUCCAAGACAGACAGCAAGCUAAGAGAUAGGCUGUGGUCGUCUCCCUCCUUCUCAUCGAACAGCCCGCAGAGGGAGCUGCCUCCAGACCCCGAAGGAGCAGUGGCGAUGUCCCCGUCGUCUUUUAAUCUGGACACCUUACUAACACCCACCUUUGAUGUGCUCAAGAGCAGCAUGUUUUCAGCCGGGAAAGGAGUAGCAGAAAAAGCCAGCAAGUGGUAUUCCAGAUUUGCUACCUACUCCACUUCUUCUAAGGAUCUCAAUUACGACAGAUCUAGCAUAUCAUCUGGUGGGUUGAUAGACCCUGAGUCCUCUUCAUUGAUGGAUGAUGAUGUCUACAGUGAAUAUGAAGGGGCAGCGUCCCCUCAAGGAAACAACAUUGCAUACGUGGCUAAGGGGGUGGGACAGAGCCAGACGUCUCACGACAGCACUUCAAAGCAACCACAUCACACAGGUAGUGUACUGUCCACAGGCUCCAACUUCCCAUUGCCUGACAAGUCGGAACUGGAUUCGUCUCGUUACACCAGCAACACCAGUAUAUUUCAAAAUUAUGCCAUGGAGGUCCUCAUUUCAAGCUGCUCACGCUGUAAGACCUGCGACUGUCUGGUCUAUGAUGAGGAGAUCAUGGCAGGAUGGACUGCAGACGACUCCAACCUCAACACCACCUGUCCCUUCUGCGGGAGUCCCUUCCUGCCCUUCCUCAACAUCGAGAUCCGAGACCUCCGGGGACCCGGCAGGUGUUUUUUGAAGUACGGCCCAUCUGUGGAGGAAGGCGUGUCCACAGCCUGCUCUACGGUUCCUAAGGAAUUCCUGGAGACAAGGAAUUCUGUCAUCUCCCUUGCUGACCCAGACAUGGCUAUCUCUCCGAAGAUCACAGUACCGGAAUGCCUAGAUCCCGAAAGUAGAAGCACUCGCUGUGGAUGCACCCCUGCUAAGUCCAUUGAGAUUCCCUCGGAGAGGAAGUGGGGUGUCAGUGAUUCGGGCUGUGCGGGGCACCCCGUGGCUCGGAGCGCCACUACCUUCUGUCCACUGGAGGAGGACGAUGCCCCCCGAAGAAACACCCACAGUGUACCCACAGGGAGCCUGCCCUCCAGGUUCAGUGAUGUUGCAGAUCUUCUGAGCUUUGAAUGGAGGCUACACAAUCCAGACCCGGUCACGGUUCCCUAUCUCAGUCCUCUCGUACUGUGGAAAGAACUGGAAAGCUUGCUGGAAAACGAAGGGGAUCAUGUGAUAACGGUGGCAGACUUCGUGGACCAUCAUCCCAUUGUGUUCUGGAAUCUGGUGUGGUAUUUCAGACGACUUGAUCUGCCAAGCAAUUUGCCAGGCUUAAUACUGUCCUCUGAACAUUGCAACAGAGGGUCAAAGGUUCCUCGAAACUGGUUGUCAGAAGAUAGCAAACAUGUUUUAAUCCAGAUUCUGUGGGACAAUCUUAAACUACACCAGGAUCCAGGACAGCCGUUCUACAUCCUGUGGAACACGCACAGUGUGAAAUACCCCAUGGUAGACUCUGUUCAAAAGGGAGAGGAGCCCUUCAAUGAAGAGUUCUUGCAGAGCGUGGUGAAGAGCAUUCAGAUGAACGACGUCUAUCGGCCCAUGAGUCAAAUCUUAGAGAUUCUAGGUAAACAACUGGGCAUGAAAAGACAGAGAAGCUUAUACAGAGAAAUCCUGUUCCUUUCUCUGGUUGCCCUUGGAAAAGACAACAUUGAUAUUGAUGCAUUUGAUAGAGAGUACAAGAUGGCCUAUGAUCGUCUGACUCCCAUCCAGGUGAAGUUUACACAUAACUGUGAUCGUCCUCCCAGCACUGGAGUCAUGGAGUGCCGCAAGACCUUCGGAGAACCGUAUCUGUAAAAACCAUCCCCACCACACGAGGCUGCGCUGUACAGGCAGAAACGCAGCCCAGCGUCAGUGUCAUCUCAUCAGGCAGAUGUUUAAAGCCGUCUUCAUGUGUGCAAUUCAAAAAAGAAAAACAACAAUGCAAGAACAGCUAGAAUCAACUCUUAAAAUACUGUAAAUUAAUACAGCGUUAGGUCAAAAGCAGGUAACACAAAAGUGAAGCUUACCACGUGCACAUUUCACGUUUCUGACACUGGCAGCACAGUGUGAAACGCACAGCAUUCAAAUGCUGUUUCAGCCUGUUACAUGUGCUGUUUGCUAUUCUUCAAAAUGUACGGUACUGGAAUUGAAUGUCCUUUUAAACAACAUCACAGAAAUGUACAAAGUGUGUUGAAUACAAUGCAAAUGUAUAUACUACAUUAGAGCCUUUUAUAAAUGAGCAUUUAUACUAUAUAGCGAUAUCAUAAUAUUGGCAAUAUUGUACCUUAUUACUCAACUAUUUAUAUAACCGACAUUAUUUAUUUCAAAAUGUUUUGCUUGUAGUUUGUGUGUUAUCGCUGAUCAAGGUGACUCCUAUACAUUUAUAAUAUAGGGGGGGUGGAUUUAGUAGCGGGUCCUUGGGUACGCAGGUACAUACGUACUUAUAUCAUACUUCCAUUUUUAUUAAAGCUUCUCGAAUUGUGUUGAAACUUGGUACGGUCGUUCCUUGGUAGGUGUUAUGCACAUAGGUCAUAGUGACUAAAUCUUGGAAGUCACUUGUUCAGAUUUGAAUAUUUGUAAACAUUUACUACAAGAAGCUAUUUAACAAAAUGUAAAUGCAGGUUCUGGUGACCUCCUUUCUGACGACUGAUUAGCAGAAGGCUGUCUUUGACGGCUCUUGAAUUGUCCACUAUGAGAUGUUUUUGUACAUGUACAGCUACCGCCAAAAGUUUUGCAUCUCCUAGAAUUUUAGGAUUGAGACAUUUAAUUAAAAAAAAAAAAAAAAAAAAAAAAAAAAAAAA